UGUGAAGUAGCUACGUUAUAUAUCUUCAUAGCAUCAGUGCUGCUAGCUAACUGACAUUUGACCGUCUCCGUAUGCGAUAAACGGACUCGUUUUGCUUUAAAAAGUGUCGUCGAAAUAUAUAAGUGAGGUCUUGAAGGAGAAUCUGAACAUUUACUUAUUGAGAGUCGUCUGUGUGCUUUUAGGCAGUGAACGCUGUACCAGCGAAAGGGUAAUGACAUUUGGCUAACGUGCUAGCAGUGAGCGUGCCCCGCAUUAAGCACAUUUUCUUCGGUAAGAUUAUUGAGGUGCAGAGGCUGCCGUCAUGUCGCUGGUCCGCUGAGGCUCGUUACAGGCCCUCGUGGUGGGAGACAUGAGAGUUGACAUCUGUGAGUAACUGACGUUAAUGUUAGUUAAACACGAGCUGCGUCUGAAGAGCGUGGAGAGAUGAACACGCCGCUCAGCAGGAACGGGUUAAUCGGGCUCGCUGUCGGAGCUACAGCCGGCUUGGGCUUGAUCGCCUUCAUAAUUUACAAAGAGAUCAGUAGGAGAAGAUCCCAGAGACUGGUGCUGGAGGCCCGGCCGGCUCCAAGGCUGUUUGACAGGACGGAUGGAGCAGCGCUGCUGCUGGAGACGCUCGAUGCUCAGGAGGCAGAGGCCCAGCAGCAGGCUCUGGCAGCAGUGGAGGCAGUGGUACAGGGACUGUCCCCGGAGCAGCAGCUGGAGCUUAGGAACCAGCUGGACCAGGUGCUGAGCUGCGUGUCCUCGCUGCGCUCAGAGGUCGCUGAGCUGAGGGGCAACCUGCAGGACAUCGCCCUGCAAAUCAUCCAGGAUGUCAAAAAGGGAGUGGAGGACAGUCAGCGGGUACGACGGCGCCGUCACAUCGUCCACAGGGAGCGCACCGAUUCCACCAGCUCCAGCUCCAUCUAUUUCACCGCCAGCCAGGGCAUGGCCAGCACGUAUGAAGAGACCAGCGAAGGAGGGUACUCCACAGCCUAUGCUGAGUCAGAUUACACAGACCGCGACACAGACAGAGAGGAGGGCGAGUGGGAGCCUGAGCAGGAGUCAGAGGAAGACGAGGACAGGAGCUGCGCCACUGUCCUCACCCUCCGCCAGGAGGACUCUCAGGAAGAGGACGUGGAGGAAGACCGGGUGCUAGAGGAGGAAGAUGAACAGGAAGACGAUGAAGGGGAUCUGCAGCUGCUGACUGAAGUUCCCAGUGGGGAGCUGGCUCUCCUCCUGGCUCAGAGCGACAUCCUCCACACAGGAGAUGCCAGCUUAAAGGCAGAGGGCUUCCGACUGCUGCAGGACAACAGAGCAGAGUAUGGAGACAGCAGGGAGUUUCUAUGGAGACUGGCUCGGGCCUACAGUGAUAUGUAUGACUCCUCUGAGGACAAACAAGAGAAGAAGACUUAUGCACAACAAGGUCUUGAGGAGGCGGAGCUGGCCCUGAAGAAGAACGGCCUGAACGCUGAGUGUCACAAAUGGUUUGCUGUGCUGACAGGACUGACCUCCCAGCAUGAGAGCAUGCACAGCAAACUGAAGAGCAGCCACAUCCUGAAGGAGCACCUGGACCGUGCUAUCGCCCUCAGAGAUGAUGACCCCAUGUGUUUCUUGCUGCUCGGGAAAUGGUGCUAUGAGGUCGCCACUCUGGACUGGUUGGAGAGGAAGGCAGCUGCUGCCCUGUACCAGAGCCCCCCCUCCUCCACACUGCACGAUGCCCUCGAGAACUUCCUCAAGGCAGAGGAGCUCAGUCCAGGCUUUUCCAAGACAGUGAGACUUUACAUCGCGAAGUGUCACAAGGAGCUGGGAAACAUCUCUGAGGCCAGAAACUGGACCGAGCUGGCUCUGAAGAUGCCCACGAACGCCAAGGAUGAUGAAGAAACAUCUAAACUGGAGGCUCAGCUUCAGGUUUUAACUGAGAGAAAGAUCUGAACAGUUCAUUUCUCCAGAGGUCCAGCAGGGGGAGCCACUCAGAUGAUGGCACUGAUUGGCCAGCCCGGCCGCCAGUUUGUGAUCGAUCACCCAAUCAAAUGUGCUUUACAAAAUGCACACUAAUUUUUCCCUUCCCUUCACUGGUUGGAUAUCUUUGUUAUGCUGUCACUGUGAAAUGAUAUGGAGUUUAUUGAUGUUUAUUUAUUUUCUGCGAACUUUAUUCUGGCAUAAUUAAGUCGGUAUCAGCGAGUAAUAGAGAGAGUAGUGUAUAUGAUAUCCUUAAUGGUUUUUUUUUUGUUUGUUUUUUAACUAUUUGCCUUUCUAACUGAAAAUCAGUAAUUAAACACAAGUUUUAUUUUUCAUCUUCUGAGUGCAACAAAAUCCAUUCACACAAAAAAAAAAUACAAACCAAAAAUCCAGUGAUAUAUGGUCAUGCAGAUGGUUUUGCAUUUAUUUGUCCAGAGACCAAGUUUAGAGAGCGAUAUCUGAUCUCAAAGCCCAGACCAAUAAAACUAUCCGCAUGGUUAAAUACCACUUGAUCAUAUUUAUUUAUUUAUUUUUUUGUAAUUUGGUUGGUUCAGUCUUUUUUUUUUUUGGAAGACAUGUCCAAUGAGUAUGAUUUCAAGGUAUCUCCAAGGGACCAGUAGGACUCAGACCUGCCUACACAGGAUCAUGUUGCCACAUUUAAAAAAAAAAAAAAAAAAAAAAACAACUUUUUUUUUUGUAGUGUUGAGAAAUUCCUCGAACAGUGGGA